CAUAAAACCACACACAGGCUGAGUUUACGCAUAAAAAAAAACGGUAGUGAAAUUUUCAAUGCUGUUUCAGUGACUAGAAAAAUAUGGAGAAGAAAGUGAGGCAGCUGUGUCCUAUUUCUGAUCCAGACACAACAUACUUUCUGCAAAUAACUUGGUGCAAAGAUCUUGGUAUGGGUUUUGAUCUUAUACUAAGCGAUGGCCAAUCGUCUUGGAUUGGAAGAGUGUCUGAAGAAGAGAUUUCCAGAGAGGCUGCUGACAUGGAAAUGAAACAAGAAAAGUAUGUAGAAGAACUUAAAAAAGUACUGUUGUUUGACCAAGAGUUUUCAGAUACAUACCGUUUUGAUAUUUCUAAAAAGGAAAGAAAUGGAGAAUCAAUUUAUUUUUCAUAUGAAAAGAAUUUGAAGGAUGUUACUUUUAGACUUGGAUCAUUGAUAUUACAAAAAGUUACAAACUCACCUGAAGUCAUUAGAGAGUUGAUUACGCAUUGCCUAGACUGUGUAAAAGAACUACAUGUCAAAAAUGAUCACCUACAAAAAGAGAAUGAAAGGCUUCUAAGCGAUCUGGAUGACAUACAAGAACAAUUACAAAAAUGUGUUGAAGCUAAAGAAGAACUGGAAACUGAUCUUUAUCAGCGAUUUGUCUUGGUCCUCAAUGAAAAGAAAGCAAAGAUAAGAAGUUUACAGAAACAUUUAAAAGAAGUCGAAGAAACAGUAUCGGAAACUGCACAAGCAGGGGACACAGUAAUUGCUUCAAAAAGUACAGUUGGAAAAGAAAAUUAUGAAGGAAGCACUGAUGAAGAAAGUGAAAAUUUAAUACAACUGACAACAUCAGAGACAAUCAAAUCCAGUGAAGAUUCAUUACUUGGUAGUCUGGAUAUUACUGAUAUAGUUCCAAGUAGAAAAAGAAGACAACGGAUUUCAAAAGACGGAAAUACUAAACCAAAGGUGACACUACAAGAAGCCCACACUUCUUCAAAAGAAAAACUACAUUUUGCUCCAUCAAAAUCAACAGAGAGGCAACUGACUUUGCAAAAGGCAGAGGAAGGGAAAAACACAGAUGACCCCGAAGACCUAUUUGAUGAUAUCUGACUUUUCUGGAAGAAGGCUACAAUUUUACUACAAGCUGCUAAAAAUGUAAUCAAUUAUCUCUUCCAAAGAAACUGUUUUACAUACAGCAGUGGAGUUUCCUAUUUGUACUGUAAAAUAAUAUUCAACUAGUGUUUUAUCUUUUGCUAAUAAAGGUUGUACCCAUGAAUAGUCACUAACAGUCAACAUUUUCCAUUCAAGUCUGCUUUACAGACUUCAGGGAGUUAAUCUGCCUCCAGUUGAUGUGAAUGAGAAAAUUUAAUUAAUCCUCAGGAUUAAGAAAGACAAUUACCAGAGCAUCAAAAUGGCAGCAAUGAAAACUGGGAAGAAAGAUGAAAGGCUGCGACCCAUGGCUUCAGGCAGAAAGGUGUCUUGAAAUCUCUAUAGUUGUUUUAUGAUUAACGAAAAUAUAUUUCCCAAAUUAAGAAUAGAUUCAGUGUCUCAUCCAUUAGACACUGUUUUCUUUCUGUUUUAUCAUCACUUUUAAAUGUCCACAAUGAAGUCUCUUGCUGCAAAGAUAUUUUUAGGCCUUUACUCCAUUUCCUUCUCAGUAAUGGUCCCUAGCAACCAUUGUUUUGACCCACAACUUCUGCCAGCACUCUUGGAAUAUCAAAAGCAAGGGUUUCUAUGACAUUUUGGAGAUAAGGCAAUAUGUUUAUAUUGUUUUACGUUUUGAAUUGGAGAAUUCUUAUUCAUAAAUAAUGUUGCCAUAAUAGGCCAUAAUAGGCCAGUUUGUCCCCAGUCUUAUAUCUGGGUAUAUUGAAUUAAAACUCCCAGAACUCUCAGCCAAUGAGGGAAUUCUGCCAGUUUUAAAUCUAGAAGAUUGGACAAAGUCCGCACAAAACUUUUUAAAAUGCUUAUAAUAAUAGAUUAAUUAUUAAAAUGGUGAAUUAAGAUUGAAAAUAUUCUCAGCUAUCAAAUAACACUAAUGAACAACUUUGGACUAGCCGCCUUCUUUCAGCCAACUCACUGCACAGGAUUGUUAUGGAUUUAAAAAAAAAAGAACUGAUAGACGUCUGCUAUGUGUAUUAUCUUGAUAUGGAGCAAAAG